CCGUAUUCCCAUUAGUCUUGCUUCAGCUCCACAAGCUGUCGCACCCGUCGAUCGUCGUGAAAUUAGUUACUGCACUUGCACCAACUCGCCCGAUACAUACAUAUAUACAAAUCAGCCAUGAAGUUUUACCUGUUGGUGAUUGCAGCCCUCUCGUUUUUGGCCUACAUCAGUUGUGGCAUGACCAUGACUCAAUCGAAACGCUCCGUUCCACUCGCUCAAUUCGCAGAUGGAUGCAUCCAGUGCCACUCGAAGGACAACGAACGCUGCGCCAUUGAUCCAUUGAGCCUGCUCAAUCGCAACUGUUCCGACGGAUCCUCCAACUGCUACUCCCGCGUCCUGGAUGGCUACACAAUUCGCGGUUGCGCCGUCGAUCUGGACAAUGCCACACGGAAUGCGUGCACCAACGAGCUGCAGUGCCAGCUGUGCACCUACAGCGAGGGAUGCAACCGGAACACCUUCCCGUUGACCCGCCUCAUGUGUCUGCAGUGCAGCGGCAACUCGACCUCGACGUCCUGCGCCGCGGAGACCUAUGUGUCGCCCAAGAUCUGCCCGCUGUACAAGUUCGGCGACAAGUGCUACAUUCGCAAUAGCAACCGCACCGUGGACGGAUCCUUCCAGCGCGGCUGCCUCACCUCGGCGAAUGCCAAGAAGCAGUGCGUCAAGGAUGGCAACUGUUACACGUGCGAGGGACGCGGCUGCAACUUCCUGCGGGCCAAUGACACCACCAUUCCUUUGGCCCGCGACGGCGGCUCCAACUUGAUCAUGUCCAUGACGCUGCUGAUCAGCGGACUCGUCGCCGCCUGGAGGCUCUAGGAUGGAACGACGGCCAGAGUCCAUGGACGCCAGUUCAUACUGCCACCUACCCAGUUCUUUUACAAUCCCCGUCUCAUUUUUUAAACACCAUUAUACACUGGGAUGUAGUAGCCUUACAUUUAUUCUAUUUUAUUUCUGUGCCUUAAGAAAUAAAGAUAACUAAACUAAA